AUGGCACCCCCCUUCAUAUCGACGGCCAUACCCUCAUCGCAUCCAAAUAAUGGGAACGCGAAAUCCCUCAACAAACUCCUGCGCAAGUCUGCAAAGACGCUCAUGCGGUCACAUCGCUUCAAGAUUCCGAAGUAUGAUCUGCCGAUACGGCUGCGGCCGUGGUUCCUCGUCCUCACAACCCUCGUCAUGAUCAUCCUCGCCUUCCUCGGGUUCACCAACUUCGCCCACGCGCUCCCCCUCAACGACAAAAUCCUCCACUUCGUGUGCUUCAUGCUUGCGACCGGCGUCUUCUAUUUUAUAUUUGAUGUCGAGGAGGAGGCGCGCCGGAUAUGGUUCUGGCGGCACGCGAACAUGCUGCUUACUGGCUUCAUAUGUUUCUUCUGCGGCGGCAUUAUGAGCGAGUUCGUUCAGUCCAUGUUACCUUAUAAGGAGUUCCAGUUCGGUGAUGUCGUGGCGAACCUUAUGGGAUCCUCUGUGGGGUUGUACGUCGCGUACCAUUUGGAGAAGUAUUACCGAUACCGGAGGGAGAUCGCCCGCCUGUACCGCCCCAUCGAGACCGACUACUCGUCGGACGACUCCGAGGACGAGGAUUCGUUCAGCAUGACGGCGCAGCUUCUCCCCCUCCACACCACCACCCGCCCCUCCUCGAACACCAACACCAACAACACCAACACCCACUCCAACACCAGCGACCCAUUCAGCGAUCCUCCAAACAACACCCGCGAUAACCGCAGUAGCGCGAAUAACUCGCGCUACAUCCCGUCGAACACGGCGAAGCUGCGCGAGCAGCGGCAGAGGAACGGGGGGAAGAAGAAGUCGGUGAGGUUUACGGAUGUGUGGGAUGCGGGGGAGCGGGAGGAGCUGUUUGCUGUGGGGGAUGCGGGGGAGAGCGAUGAGGAUGACGAGGAUGUGCCGCUGGCGGUGAGGAAGGGGAGCUUGACUACGGGUGGGAGGGAUGUGAAUGGGCGGGGAAGUGGUACAGGGAGAGGAGAAGGAGGGACAGUGAGUGGUAUAGGGAAUGGGAGUGGUACGGACGCAGUCGUCGCGGCGCAAUCCCAAUCCCACGUCGACUCGCGGCAGGAUAUCCCGAGAAUAUAUGUCACGGACUCAUAG